GUCGUGGUCGCAGUUUCGAAUUACUUGGGAUUCUAAAGAUCGGCCAGACACAAUAGAUGGACCGUACGAUUAGGAAUUUCAUGCUUUAAAAACACUGAUCACUGGUACUUUUGUUCACUUAAUUCCGAGGAAUAUCAUUGAAGGAUUAAUUUAUUCCUUUUUUGUAUUGCGAAAAACUUGGAAUCAUUUUUAUUUGAUGCAAAUAGUCCACAUCUUUGCUACACUGUUACAAUAAGGAUUCCCAUCCAGUUGAGGUCAUUAUGCCUCCCACAACACCAUAUGCUGGCAAGUUCAGCCCUAGUCCUUACAACAACAACAAUCUCCACAAAUACCACCAGCCUGUGGAAGCGAGCUACGGGGACAUGUGCUACCAUGACAACAGUCUUGUUUCUGGCUCCUUGGAGGCCCUGAUCCAGCACUUAGUUCCUACAGUGGACUACUACCCCGAUAGGUCAUACGUAUUUACCUUCCUGCUGAGUUCCCGUCUCUUCCUCCACCCGUUCGAGCUCAUGUCACGGGUGUGUCACCUGUGUGUGGAGCAGCACCGCUCUGGAGACCUGCUGCUCGACAAGAUCAGAAUACGGGACGUGGCUCCGAAGAUGGUGCAGCUGCUGACGGAGUGGACCGAGACGUUUCCCUACGACUUCCGGGAUGAGAGGAUGAUGCGUUGCCUGAAAGAGAUGAGCCAUCACCUGGCCAGAGGGGAUGAGUACUCGUGGAGAGCCAUGCAGCAGAUGACUCAGCGGUUGAUCCGGAGGUUGGCAGCCCUGGGCCAGUACGAGGAAGCUAUUGCCACGCUCAACGCCUCCGCAGCCGAGAGACCCACCGCUCUGAAGGCCAAGCAGCAGAGUGGACAAAGGAGUGACGUUCUGAGCGUAUGUGAUGAUGCGUUCAUACUGGCCCAGCAGCUGACACACAUUGAACUGGACAGACUGAGUUUCAUCGGACCAGAGGAGUUCAUCCAAGCCUUUGGGGUGAAAGAUCCCCUGGACAAUCACAAGAGUUUCUUUAGAAAACGCAAGACCACUAACCUGGAGGCCUAUGUGGCUUGGUUCAACAGACUCAGCUACCUAGUAGCAACAGAAAUCUGUAUGCCAGUAAAGAAAAAGCACAGAGCUCGCGCCUUGGAGUUCUUCAUAGACGUGGCUAGAGAAUGCUUCAACAUCGGCAACUUCAACUCCCUCAUGGCUAUCAUUACUGGCAUGAACAUGAGUCCUGUGUCAAGACUGAAGAAGACCUGGAGCAAAGUAAACACGGACAAGUUUGACAUACUGGAGCACCAAAUGGACCCCUCCAGUAACUUCAGUAACUACCGCACUGCCUUACAAGGAGCCACCCAGAGGUCUAUCACAGCACACAGCAACCAGGAGAAGAUUGUCAUCCCCUUCUUCAGCCUUCUUAUCAAGGACAUAUACUUCCUCAAUGAAGGAUGUGCUAGCCGGCUACCCAACGGUCACGUCAACUUUGAGAAACUGUGGGAGCUGGCGAAGCAGGUCAGUGAGUUCCUGGUGUGGCGUCAGGUGACGUGUCCGUUCGACAGAGACAGGAAGAUCCUGCAGUACCUGGUCACCACGCCUGUCUUCACGGAGGACGAGUUGCACCUAGCGUCCUACGAGACGGAAGGUCCUGAGAACCACAUGGAGAAAGACAGCCGCAGGUCUCUGAGGUCGUCCCUGUUGCAUAGAGAGCAUCGGUGAGCAAGGGUCUAAAAAGUAAAGAUUCACAAAGGAUGGGAGAAAGAACUUUUCAAAGCACGCCUCCUUCUAUGCUUGAAGAACUAAAGAUGUUGCCUCUCGCACUGUACUGACAGAUGACUCAUUAGUCUACCCACACACACACACAGUGUUACUUAUUUUUUAUACCAGUGGGUCACAAUGGUUACUUAGAUUUUUUAAGCUUUUCUGAAGGAGUCUUUCUAUAGUGUAAUGAGCUUGUUGCUGGUUGGCUUGCUCAGUGUUCUUAGAAUAUAUAAGCUUCUUCAUUUGUGACUCUUAAAUAGUGUGUUUUGUACAUGUCAGAAAUGACUGAAAUAUUUGUGAUGACGCUGACAAGAAACAAACCUCGAAACCCAUCUCAUGUUUGGUGAAAGAAAUAUGAAUAUGACUGAAUAGCCUGUGAAUAGAUAACUCUGCUUUUUCCAUUUUUGUAUCAUUAUUGGCCUAUGUGUUUCAUUACCUUGCAGCUAUUUUUUUUUUACAAAUAUUAUAUGUCGGGCUAUGUAUUAUGUUGUUUUUUCACUACUUGGUUUUGUAUCAUGAUUUUUUAAAACUGUUUGACCACCCCAAUGUGUUAUUUAUCAGGGUACUCUGAAUAUAGAUCUUAUGUUAAAUAAGAGGUAUAUUUUCUUUCCAAGGAAAAUAAAAGAAAAGUGAAGCAAUG